CUUAGGCUCGUUGUCAGCGGGAAAUGUUUACACCCAGGCGGCAACCACAACACAGGCUGAGCACAAGUGUUUCAAACAGCGGUUAACACAACAACCUCCACUAAGGACAAACAUAUCGUGUUUUCAUAAGGGUGUUACUGUGGUGUGCAGCAUGGAGGUGAAUGUGGCGCCGGCUGUGGCCAUCAAGGUGCGGUCACAGGUCCAGUGUGUAGAGUUCUCCCCCUUUGAGUGGUCUCAGGGGCUGCUGGCUGUCGGUCUGCCUACAUCAGUUGCUGUCUUCACGGUCAAGUUGAAGGAGGAAGGCAACGGCAGCAGUGGUGAUGAGUAUGAGCAGGUGUGGGAGUGGCAUGCCUCUAGCCAGCCAGUGUCCAUUGCCUGGAGUCCCAGCUCAACCCUCCGAGCAGCCCCCGCCUGCCUUCAGGUUGCUGUGGCCUCGGCCGACCACAAAGUUCGCCAGAUUUCCUCAGAUUUGGGAGAAUCAAAUGUUGUACAGGAGAUCUUGAGCCACACAGACUUUGUGAACAGCGUCACCUACAAUGGGGACAGUGGGAGUCUGGUGGCCUCGGCUGGAGAUGACCUGACUGCCCGGGUGUGGGACAGCUCCUCGCAGACACAAAUUUCAAAGUUCCUCUUAACAUCACCAGGAAUGGUGGUUCGCUUCCACCCAGAUGAACCAGACCUGCUGAUGGUGGCAGAGAAGAAGGGAGUGCUGCGGGUGUACUCUGUGAGCAGCGGAUGCUCCACCCUGUACCUGAGGUGCUCGGGUCCACUGCUCGGCGCUGACUGGUCCAUCCCUGAACCAGCACUCAUCAUGGCUGCUGGGGCAAAGGGACUCACUGUCUGGAAUGUUGCCUCACUCCAGCCACACAGCGAGGUGAAGGAGGUGGGGCUGGGGGACCGAGUGCUGGAUGUGCAGGUGUGUCGCUCAACGGUGGGUCUUGUGGCCACACAUGCCGCGCCACACACUGUCCGGGUCUCUCACUUCCACUCCAGCAAGAUUCCUAUUGCUGCUCAUCUGAAGGUUGUGGGGGGCAUGAGCUGGCACCAGAGUCACCCCUACCUGGCUGUUGGCUCAGACCGCAAAGUUCUCUUGUGGAAGAUUGAAAACGUAUAAAGAUGAAAUUUUUUAUAGUUUAAUUCUAACAAUUUGAGCAAAAAAUUGUGAUCUUUUGUGUUGAAUAGUUGAUGGAAGGUUUGUUAUUAAAUAUGAGCAAUAAUGUGAUUGUAUUGUUUUGGUUACCCAUGAUGAUGAUGAUGAUGUCAGGACAAGACAUCUAGUCUACUGCAGGUUCCUUAUAAAGUUACUAGGGUAGCUAAUACCAUGCCAAGCUAAUAAGUUUGUAUGUUUAUAAUAAAAAAAUGUAACUUUUAAAA